AGGAUAGGAGGGGCAGGUGGGUGAGGAGGACAGGCAGAGACUAGAAGCCUAUUGCCAGCCGCCAUUGGCUGAUACCUGCAGGAAGAGAGAGGUUUAGGGAGGGACCAUCCACCUGAGGCUCAGUGUGAGCUGACUCUGAUCCAACCUGCGACUGUAGUCCUAGUGAUUUAUACCCUGGGUGACUGGAGAACAGGGCACACAGACCCCAACCAUGCAGAGAAGAGACACAGUCGUCUGCUACCUGUGUACAGCGUUUGUGGCCAUUUCUGCCAUCACUGUGCAGACGCCGAAAAAAAUAGCUGAAGCUCCGCGAGGGGGAAGUAUGGCGCUACCAUGUACCUACCAAACCAGUGAGGCGGACAGGAUUGGAGCCAGCGUCGAGUGGCAGAAGUUACCUGAAGAGAAUGAAGUUAUUGCUGCCUUCUAUGGAAGUCUCAACCACAGCGAUCCCUCUUAUGAAGGGCGAGUGUCAUUCACUGGCAAUGUGUUUGGUAGUGAUGCCUCAAUUCUUAUUGAUAAACUGACGAUGGAGGAUAAUGGUACUUACCAGUGCGAAGUGAAGAUUCCCAGAGAUCGAACCGGCACACGUCAGGCUAAAAUGGACCUUAUUGUCUUAGUGGCCCCAUCCAAACCGGACUGCGGCAUUGUGGGAACCGCAGAAUAUGGCCAGGUCAUCACACUGACUUGCAACUCCAAGGAGGGGUCCCCCAUCCCCCAGUAUGCAUGGAAGAGUUACACCCCGCAAGAUGUGCAACGGGUAAUACCGCAGACUGCAGUCAUAGACGGAGGACAGCUGACGUUGAAAAAUAUUUCCAUGGACUCGUCCGGAUUUUUUAUUUGCACGUCCACCAAUAGGAUUGGAGAGGAGUUCUGCAAUCUCACACUAGCCGUGAUGCCACCCUCCAUGAACAUUGCGUUGUACGCUGGAGCGAUUGGCGGGAGUGUGGCUGGGAUCAUAGUCAUUGGAAUAAUUGUCUAUUGCUGCUGCUGCAGAGAUAAAGGGAACGAGGAGGAUUAUGAGAUGGCGGAAGGAGAAGAAGACCCAGACGAGCCCCCACAAAAAAGUCAAACAAAGCAGCAGCAGCAGCAGUAUUACCAUGAUGAUGAAGGCGACGAUGACUUAGAGGAGAGUAACGAGCACAAACCACCUAUGCCUCCAGCAAACAAACCACGUUUGGUUAUUGAUCCAGUAAAUGCCUAAAUUAGCCAAUACAAAACUUUUUUUUCAUCCUUUUUAACAUUUUGAAACAAGCAUGUGAAAUAUUUGUAAACAUUUUAACUACUUGAGUAGUGAGAGAGACGAAAAAUAAAGUGUAAUGCACAGAUGUCUGCACAGUGAUGGGCUCUUUUCUGGCACAAUAUUUUUUACAGUAGGUGUCAAAGGAAUACCACCAAGUUGUUGUUGUUUUUUUUUUUUUUUAAAUAUUCCUUCUAGAACAAUAUCAAGUUAUCUCAUCAGUUGAAUAAAGCCGUUUAUAUUUGUGUGUUAUUAUAUA